AUGGUGUUGUUGCAAAUGAAACAGAGAGACGGUUACCGUUUCCGUUAUGCCCGAGAAAACGGGACUGUUGUCACUGUUCCAUCAAUCGAGACGGGGCUGGUCCGUUCGUUCAUUGGGUUUUGUUUUGAGUUUUUUUAUUUGUAG